AUGGCGUUGCGAGUGCGACGGGGGAGUUUGCAUUCUGCAGACGAUGGAGAUUUCGGGGAGGGGGAGCAGCCGCGCAUCUUGCUUGUCUUCAGCUGCUUGUUCAAACGGUUCUCCGUGUGCGGUGGGCUCAGCAGUGGGAGCAGUAAAGGUCUGAAAGCAAACGAGGAGUGGCGGGUAGAUAGGUGUGAAGUUGAGGGGGAGAACAAGGACCCGUGGAAUAACUCCCAUUCUGAAACGCUUCUCUCUGUGUUACCUUGCAGAGCAGUGGUAGAGGCCGUUCAUCGGUUGGAUCUCAUCCUUGGUAACAAGGCAGCGUAUCAAGAAGUGUUCAAGCCGGAGAACAUCAGCUUGAGGAACAAGCUGCGGGAGCUGUGUGUGAAGCUGAUGUUCCUACAUCCAGUGGAUUAUGGAAGAAAAGCAGAAGAACUGCUCUGGAGAAAAGUUUACUAUGAAGUUAUCCAGCUCAUUAAAACAAAUAAAAAGCACAUUCACAGCCGUAGCACACUGGAGUGCGCGUACCGGACUCACUUAGUGGCUGGCAUAGGGUUUUACCAGCACCUUCUCCUCUACAUCCAGUCUCACUACCAGCUGGAGCUGCAGUGCUGUAUCGACUGGACGCACGUAACGGACCCGCUAAUAGGCUGCAAGAAACCUGUGUCUGCAUCGGAGAAGGAGAUGGAGUGGGCACAGAUGGCGUGUCACAGAUGUCUGGUUUAUCUGGGAGAUCUAGCUCGCUAUCAGAAUGAACUGGCAGGUGUGGACACGGAGCUGCUGGCUGAGCGGUUUUACUAUCAAGCCCUUUCUGUUGCACCGCAGAUCGGCAUGCCCUUUAACCAGCUGGGGACACUGGCAGGGAGCAAAUACUACAAUGUGGAAGCUACCUAUUGCUACUUACGCUGUAUCCAGUCUGAAGUGUCCUUUGAAGGGGCCUAUGGGAACCUGAAGCGGCUGUAUGACAAAGCAGCCAAAAUGUAUCACCAGCUGAAGAAAUGUGAAACCAGGAAGUUGUCUCCAAGCAAGAAACGAGGCAAAGACAUUAAGAGGUUGCUGGUGAGCUUUAUGUACCUGCAGAGUCUGUUGCAGCCGAAGAGCAGCGCUCUGGAUUCUGAGCUGACAUCUCUCUGCCAGUCUGUGCUGGAGGAUUUCAACCUGUGCUUGUUCUACCUGCCCUCUCCUCCUAAUUUGAGCUCAAGUAGUGAAGACGAAGAAGAGUACGAGAGUGGCUACUCCUUCCUUCCAGAUCUCCUGAUCUUUCGCAUGGUGAUCAUCUGCCUGAUGAGUGUUCACAGCCUCAAGAGGGCAGGUUCAAAGCAGUACAGUGCAGCCAUCGCGUUCACGCUGGCCCUCUUCUCUCACCUGAUAAAUCACGUCAACAUUCGCCUGCAGGCAGAGCUGGAAGAAGGGGAGAAUCCAGUCCCAGCCUUUCAGAGCGAUGGCACGGAUGACCAGGAGCCACGCGAGCCGUUGAACUCGAUUGAGAAGGAAGCUGAAGCUGACUUGGCCAAUCAUCAGCCCAGCGAGGAACAACGGAAGAAUGACUGCAAGAAAAGCAAGAAAUACUCCCGCCUCUCCUGUUUGCGUCGCCGCCGCCACCCCCAGAAGGUGGAUGAGAGUGACCUGAGCGAGGGCUUUGACUCUGACUCCAGCCAGGGCUCCAUAAAGGGCAGUGAUGGCUCAGAAAGUGGCUCAGAGAAGAGUGACGAGGAAGCAGAAGCAGCUUUUGAUGUAGAGACAGACUCUGACAUGAACAGCCAAGAAUCUCGGUCCGACUUGGAGGACAUGGAGGAUGAGCCUGGUGAGGAGGGAAAUGGCCGAGGCAAAAGUGGGCCCAAAGAGGUCUUAAAAAACUGUGUGGAUGGCAGUGGGCUGGGGGACUCCAAGAGCCCAGGCAUCUCUAAGAUGGAGGCUCCGGAUCCAGCAGUCAAUGGGCCAGCUUCCCUGAGCACUAACGACGCAAGCAUAGCGAGUAAUCUCCAGGCCAUGUCCACCCAGCUGUUUCAGACCAAACGCUGCUUUCGGUUGGCUCCCACUUUCAGCAACAUCCUUCUGAAACCGAACAGCGAACCACCCGUCUUGAAGGAUGGGAUAGAAAGCAAGCCGUGUGUCAACGGAGAUCUGGAGAAGCCCAGCUUGGCAGAGCAAGAUGACGUCUCUGACUCCGAGGAGAGUGUUUCAAGUAACAAAUCCUGCAGGAAUGAGCGAUCCCUUCAGGAGAAGCUAGAGAUUGUGACCAACGAAGGGCUGCUUCUCACUGUCAAGGUGUUCCUGGACUGGCUGAGGACGAACACGGACCUCAUCAUCAUGUGUGCUCAGAGCUCUCAGAGCCUGUGGAACAGGCUGUCUGUGCUCCUGAACCUUCUGCCUUCUGCUGCGGACCUGCAGGAAUCAGGGCUGGCCCUGUGUAAUGAAGUCAAGGACAUUCUGAGUGGCGCUGAGCUCCCAGACCUGAAAGCCAACUUGCUGCUCCCAGAAGAUGUGGCCCUGCGAAAUCUUCCCCCUCUGAAAAAUGCACACAAGAGGUUUAACUUUGAGCAGGACCGGCCCGUUUUCUCAGCAGCUGAGGAGUCUGUUGUUCGGAUUUGCUGCAUUCGGAGCUUUGGCCACUUCAUUACCCACUUGCAAGGCAGCAUCCUGCAGUUCAACUCGGAGCUUGGGAUCUUCAUCAGCAUAGCACAGUCGGAGCAAGACAACUUGCUGCACCAGGCCCAAGCCCAGUUUCACAUGGCUGCAGAGGAAGCUCGUCGGAACAGGCUGAUGAGAGAUAUGGCUCAGCUUCGACUCCAGCUGGAGGUUUCUCAGCUGGAGGGAAGUCUCCAGCAGCCCAAAGCGCAGUCAGCCAUGUCUCCUUACCUUGUCCCGGACACCCAGGCCCUCUGCCAGCACCUGGCUGUUGUCAAGCAGCUGGCCACCAGCGGGAGGUUCAUAAUCAUCAUCCCUCGAACAGUGAUUGAUGGUUUAGACUUCCUGAAAAAGGAGAACGCAGGUGCUCGGGACAGCAUCCGGUAUCUGGAGGCAGAAUUUAAAAAGGGAAACAGGUACAUUCGUUGCCAGAAAGAUGUUGGGAAGAACUUUGAGAGGCAUAAAUUGAAGAGACAAGAUUUAGAUGCCUGGAACCUCUAUAAAAUACUGGACAGCUGCAAACAGCUGACCGUGUCCCAGGCAAGUGGAGAGGAGGACACCACGGGAAUGGUCACCAUCAUCACGGGCUUUCAGCUGGAGGACCCAAGUGUGUUCUCAGCGCCCAUGCAGUCUGCCAUCCAGGCAGCCGCCAAUGCCAGUGUAGAAAUAAAAAAUGUUCUGGAGUUCUACAAGCAGUGGAAAGAGAUGGGCUGA